UUUAGUUACGGCCACACUGGCAGAGGUAAACACGUUGCACUGCAAAUUAAUUUUUUGUUAAGUGCUGCGAACUGAAUAAAACAAUUGUUUUAAACAAUUGCACGGUCCCUCAACGCAUUAACAAUGGCCACAACCGAGCGAAAGGGCACCUUUAAGGUGGAGUACCUCCAGAAGAUCGAGCGUGAGGUGCAGGAGCGAUGGGAGAAAGAGCGUGUUCACGAGUCGGAUGCCCCAACGGCUCCAAAGAAGCGCCAAUCAGAGAAGUUCUUCGUCACUUUUCCAUUUCCCUAUAUGAAUGGCAGGCUCCAUUUGGGCCACACUUUCUCGCUGUCAAAGGCGGAGUACUCGGUGCGAUAUCAUCGCUUGAAGGGACGCCGGGUCCUGUGGCCCUUUGGCUUCCAUUGCACCGGAAUGCCCAUAAAAGCCUGCGCUGACAAGCUAACCCGCGAACUGGAACAGUUUGGGUAUCCGCCAAAGUUCCCAGAGAUUGCAGAUGAGGCUCCGGCUCCCGUGGAAACGAAGUCAGAGGUGCCAAAGGACAAGUCCAAGGGUAAGAAGAGCAAAGCGGUGGCCAAAACAGGCACAGCCAAAUACCAAUGGCAGAUCAUGCAGAGUUUGGGGCUCAAGGAUGAGGAGAUCAAGGAUUUCGCCAAUGCCGAGCAUUGGUUGAACUACUUCCCACCGCUGGCGGUGCAGGAUCUUAAGCGGAUUGGCGUGCACAUCGAUUGGCGGCGUACUUUCAUCACCACGGAUGCCAAUCCCUACUUUGAUUCAUUUGUCCGCUGGCAGUUCAAUCACCUAAAGGAGCGCGGCAAGAUCAUGUACGGCAAGAGGUAUACCAUCUAUUCGCCAAAGGAUGGACAGCCCUGCAUGGACCAUGAUCGCAGCACGGGCGAGGGUGUGGGUCCUCAGGAGUACACGCUUAUUAAGAUGAAGGUUCUAGAGAAGCCCAAGGCUUUGAGCUCCAUUAAACAGCCUAUUUACUUGGUGGCCGCCACCCUGCGUCCGGAGACAAUGUACGGUCAGACUAACUGCUGGCUCCAUCCAGACAUCAAGUACAUUGCCUGGCAAACUACCAAAAACAACGAAGUUUGGAUCAGCACACGACGUGCAGCUCGCAACAUGUCUUACCAGGGAUUCACUCCGGAAGAAGGAAACAUUCAAGUGGUGGCUGAAGUUACGGGUCAGGAUCUGUUGGGUACUUCCCUAUCUGCCCCUUUGACGCCACACAAAACCAUUUACACGCUGCCUAUGCUGAGUAUCAAGGAGGAUAAGGGCACAGGUGUGGUGACUUCAGUGCCCUCCGAUUCGCCCGAUGAUUAUGCUGCUCUGGUGGAUCUGCAGAAGAAGGAGGCCUUCCGCCAGAAGUAUGGACUGAAGGAUGAGAUGGUACUGCCAUUUGAGCCCAUACCCAUUAUCGAUGUGCCUACGCUAGGCAAGCUGAGUGCGGUUCAUGCCUAUGAGACACUGAAAAUACAAUCGCAGAACGAUAAGGAGAAGCUUGCGGAGGCUAAGGAGUUGUGCUACUUAAAGAGUUUCUAUGACGGCAUCAUGCUGGUGGGUGAUUUCGCCGGUCGCAAGAUUCAAGAUGUGAAGAAGGAUCUUCAAAAGAGACUAGUCGAUGCCAACGAGGCCGCCAUCUACUAUGAACCCGAGAAGACCAUCAUGUCGCGUUCUGCUGAUGAGUGCGUCGUUGCCUUGUGCAACCAAUGGUACCUUAACUACGGCGAGCCAGUGUGGCAAGCCCAGGCUACCAAGAUCCUCAAGGAUAUGGAAACCUUCCACGAGGAGGCGCGCAAUAACUUUGAGGCCAUCCUGAACUGGCUCCACGAGUAUGCCUGCUCUCGAACCUACGGUCUGGGCACAAAACUCCCCUGGGAUGAGCAAUGGUUGAUUGAAUCUUUGUCGGAUUCCACUAUUUAUAUGGCCUUUUAUACGGUGGUGCAUCUCCUGCAAGGCGGCACCUUCCGCGGCGAGAAGCCAGGACCAUUUGGCAUCAAACCCUCGGACAUGACGUCAGAAAUCUGGGAUUAUAUCUUCUUUAAGGAAACUCCCCUGCCCAAAAAGACGGCCAUCAAGGCGGAAUAUUUGGCAGUGUUGCGCCGCGAGUUUGAGUACUGGUAUCCCAUGGAUCUCCGUGUUUCGGGCAAGGAUCUCAUACAGAAUCACUUGACCUUCUGCCUGUACAAUCACGCAGCCAUUUGGCCAAACGAUGAGACCAAGUGGCCCAAGGGCAUGCGAGUGAAUGGCCAUUUGUUGCUUAAUUCCGCCAAGAUGUCCAAGUCCGAUGGUAAUUUCCUCACGCUGACCGAAGCUGUGGACAAGUUCUCCGCGGAUGGCAUGAGGCUCUGCCUGGCGGAUGCCGGCGACAGUGUGGAGGAUGCUAAUUUCGUGGAGAGCACCGCGGAUGCUGGUAUCCUGCGGUUGUACACUUUCAUUGAGUGGGUCAAGGAGAUGCUCGAGACAAGGAGUAGCCUGAGAAAGGGCGCGGAGAAGACCUUCAACGAUAAAGUCUUUCUCAGUGAAAUCAAUUUGAAAACCCAACAAACUGAUGAUAAUUACCGCAAGAUGCUGUUCAAGGAGGCCUUGAGAAGCGGCUUUUACGAGCUGCAAUUGGCCAGGGAUAAGUACCGGGAGCUGUGCGGCUCUCAGGGUAUGCACGAGGAUCUGGUGCUGGAAUUCAUCCGUCGUCAGGCAUUGCUGGUCUCACCCAUUUGUCCGCAUAUGGCGGAUCAUGUCUGGGGUUUGUUGGGCAACAAAGAGUCCAUCGUUCACGCCCGUUGGCCCGAGGUGGGUGACAUCAAUGAGGUGGACAUCAUGUGCUCUGAAUACCUUAUGGAAGCCGCUCACUCCUUCCGCUUGAACUUGAAGAACUUGCAACAACUGAAGGGCAAGACCAAGGCUGUGGAUCAGGCGGCGGGAAAACCAAAUCGUGGCCUCAUUUGGGUGGCCAAGACCUAUCCUCCGUGGCAGUGCUGUGUCUUGGACACCAUGAGAGAGUUGUUUAACAAAACCCAAGCCCUGCCGGAUAACAAAGUCAUUGCUGCCACGCUGCAACAAAAAGCGGAGCUAAAGAAGUUCAUGAAGCGGGUUAUGCCCUUCGCCCAGAUGAUACGUGAAAAGGUGGAGUCCGGCAAGGGUGUGACUGCAAUGGCUGUCAAUUUGGAGUUCGAUGAGCGUCAGGUGCUCAUUAGUAAUGUGGAUUACCUCAAGAACACACUUGAUCUCGAUGUCCUCGAAAUCAAGUACACGGAUGAUCCGUCGGCCCCAGAGAAAACUCGUGAGGAAGUACGCCCCGGCUCGCCUUUUAUUAACUUCACCGUGGCUCCCAAUGUCAGUGUAGAGCUCACGAAUCCUAUCGAGCGUUCCGCUCUUUUCCAAGUCAACACUGUCAUCUCCGAGGGCGAUACGGUCAAGUCGCUGCGCGAAAAGCUGUCCAAGAUCAUUGGUCUAAAAUCGGAUGCGGCGGCUAACCUGAAGAUUUGGCGUUAUGAUGACCCUCUCUUGGGUCCCCGGAAGAUACCCAACUUCGAGGAUUACAAAACGGGCAAGAGUGUACUGGGCGAGGGUAACUUUAUCCUGGACGUAGACAGCAAGAAAGUGAGCCUGGAGCAGGGCGGUAAGCUAACCGAUGUGGGCAGAAAUCUUAUCUAUGUUGUGGACUAAUCAGAAAGAGCAUCACCGGGUUCGUACGUAAACUUGAAACCUAAUAAACACACAAAAUCGUUGGCUAUUAAAAUAAAGAAGAUCAAAUUUUUUAACAACG